AUGAGUGACCAACAUUCCGGUUCGGAGAACGAGAAGAAGGUCCAACAGGGCCAUCCUUCGGGGCCAGGCGCAUUCACUGAUGUCGCACCUCAAGCUGGUCUCGCUGCUGAGGCGGACGAGCGCGGCAAGCAUGAGCUCAAGCGCAACCUGAAGGGCAGACACAUGCAGAUGAUUGCUAUCGGAGGUGCAAUCGGUGCUGGUCUAUUCAUCGGUUCCGGCGGUGCUUUCCAGAGCGGCGGACCAGGAUCAGUGCUUCUUGGCUUCAUGAUCGUUGGUCUUCAAGUGUAUCUCAUGAUGCAGGCUCUCGCUGAGAUGUCUGUCGUCUAUCCUGUCAAUGGCGCAUUCACCAUGUACAUCUGUCGAUUUGUGGAUCCGUCUUGGGGCUUCGCCUGCGCGUGGGAGUACGCGAUUUCUUGGCUGACCGUCCUGCCCUUCGAAAUCUCGGCCGCUUGCAACAUCAUUCAUUACUGGCCCGGUUCCGAGGGUAUCACAAAUGCUGCAUGGAUCGUGCCCCUUUUGGUUGCAUUGAUCGUCAUCCAGUACUUUGGCGUUCGAGGCUAUGGCGAGGUCGAGUUCGUCAUCUCCAUGAUCAAGAUCAUUGCCUGCACGGGGUUCAUCAUUCUUGGCAUAAUCAUCGACACCGGAGGUGUCCCAACUGACGACCGUGGCUACAUUGGCGCAAGAUACUGGCACAAUCCGGGCGCAUUCAAGAACGGCUUCCACGGCUUCUGCGGAGUUUUCGUCACUGCAGCAUUCGCGUACACCGGUACCGAACUCACCGGCCUGGCUGCCGCCGAAAGCGCCAAUCCGCGCAAGGAGAUCCCUCGCGCCUCGCGACAGGUCGUCUGGCGUAUCCUGAUCUUCUACAUUGUCAACCUCUUCCUUGUGGGUCUGAUCGUCCCCUCCGACAGUGAGCUCUACUCCGCCGAAGGCUCCACCUCCCGCCACUCGCCCUUCGUUAUCGCCAUUCAACUCGCCGGCAUCAAAGUGCUCCCCUCAAUCUUCAAUGCCGUCAUUCUGAUCGCCGUCAUCAACGGAGGCGACAUCUUCAACUGGCUGCUCGCCCUUUCGGGUCUCUCCAUCAUCUUCAUCUACGGCAGCAUCGCCCUCGCCCACAUCCGCUUCCGCAUGGCGUGGAAGCACCAGGGCCACACCGUUGCUGAACUGCCCUUCCGCGCCGCUUUCGGCAUUUGGGGUUCUUACGUCUGCGUCCUCAUCUCCGUCCUCGCCCUCAUCGCGCAGUUCUACGUCGCGCUUUACCCCGUCGGCGGGCCGAACUUGGAUGCAAACACCUUCUUCCAGCUGUACCUCGCCGGACCACUCCUAAUUUUCCUGUACGUCGUGUGGAAGGUGUACAGUUGGUUCACGCGUCCCCAGGAUCGCCCGAUCUGGAUCAAGAUCAAGGAUAUCGACGUGUACACUGGUAUGAGGGAUGAGCAGAGCGUCAUCAGCGGUUUGGACGUUCCGGAGGACCAGCGACGUUCUUCUAUUACCCAGAUGGAGGAGGCGAGGAAGAAGAAGGGCAUCUUGGGACAUCUUAAGGCUGGUGUUCGCAACGUCAUCUAA